AUGUCGGAACACUCCUUCGUGGCCCUCGUUGGCCGUGUUCUACCCAUUGUCUUUUGCGUUUUACUUUUUUUUGCCAUCACAGUUCAGCAAGUCUAUCCAUCCGAUGAUCCCUAUCGAUGCAGAGCUCUCCUGGGAGAGAGCAAACGAAACGGCAGUUGGCUUCAUGUACCAGACGAUACGGGUGCGAGGAGGCCUUUCAAGAACUGGCAGCCUGAUGGGUGUAUGCUUCACCACUACACAGCCGAAGAGAUUAAAGAAUGCAUGGGUGAUCGUCAUGCAGUCUUUUCCGGAGACUCUACAACACGACAGAUCUUUUGGGGAAUGGCCCGACUGCUAAAUCGUAAGGCGGCGAACAAGGGCCGCCAUGAACUCCAUCCUCACCGAAGUUACAACACCACCUUUGCUGGUGUCCGAUUGAUCCAUGUCUGGAACCCAUACUGGAAUACUAUUAAGCACAAAAAGUAUCCUCUCAGACCCCAGCUCGAGUUGAUGAGCGACAACAUGCAUGACCCCUCGAGUGAAGAACAGCAGUCCGGUCAGCCUGGUCUCAUCAUGCUUGGAGCCGGAGCCUGGUAUGCUGGUAACUAUUUCGCCAAUGAGUCCGAGGUGCAAUUCGAAAAGGCCUUGGACAACAUCACCGAAAUUCUUCAGCUUGGCGACCUACCCACCUUUGGUACAAAACAGAUGGAUCCUGUCGAGGGUAUUGGCAACGAAGUUUUCAUCGCUCCUGUUGCGCCUCCAUUCUAUGCUCAGAUGCCCGCCGCCCGAACCGGCCCCAAGGGUGUUCAUCGCGGAGAGGUUGAAGCCAUUGACGCUUACACCUACUCGCAGGAGAAGGAUCAUAACCUUCGCCUAUUACGGGCCUUUCCACAGCUCUCCCACAAUCAACCCGAGGCCAUCGUCGACAAGACCGGAACUGGUUUCCAUGUCAUUGAUUCCGUCGCCGAGAUCAAAGCAAACAUCCUCCUCAAUCUCCGAUGCAACGCGAAAAUGGAUCGGAGGUCUGGCUACCCCUACACUCGAACAUGCUGCACUGACUAUGGUGGUCGGUCAUGGGUACAGAUUGUAAUUCUUGUCAUACUCGCCAUGUACGCCAUCGCCUGCGUUUUCUUCGAGAGCUUCACCUUUGUCUCGUCGCUGACAGUCAAGGGCGUUGACAUGAGAGUUGGCAUUUUCGCAGUCGCUCUCAUUUACUGCUACGCCGCCGACCGUACUCAUUUGUUCUCCAAGGGCAUGAAGGAAUUCGUCCCCAAUGAGUUCUACCUUCUCAGCAGCAUCUGUGCUAUUAUUGGCGGACUCACCAUUCGCAAGGUCAAGUUCCGCGCGCCUCGACCGCCUCCUGCUGCAGUUGCGCCUGAGCCUGAUUCGGAGCCAACGCCUGCGCCCGUGACACCUGUUGUUCAAGACGCAGGUAUCCUAGCACGAGACCAGACCGAAGAGUGGAAAGGAUGGAUGCAAGCCGCUAUUCUUGUCUACCAUUGGACCGGCGCUUCUACCAAUCUUCCCAUCUAUAUCUUCAUUCGGCUGCUCGUUGCUGCGUAUCUUUUCCAGACUGGCUAUGGUCAUACGAUAUACUUCCUGUCCAAGAAAGACUUUUCGUUCCGUCGCAUUACAAGCGUUCUGCUCCGUCUCAACAUACUCAGUUGCGCACUCCCAUACGUUAUGGGAACCGAUUACAUGUUCUACUACUUUGCACCUCUAGUUAGCUUCUGGUUCCUGGUUGUCUAUGCCACCAUGGCUGUAUGUUCGAGCUUUAAUGACAGCGUCAAAGUUCUGGGUAGUAAGAUCCUGGCAUCUUUCAUUUUUGUUACACUUCUACUCAACGCUACCCCUGUCAUGAAAUGGCUUUUUGCCAUUCUUGAGUUUGUCUUUCGCAUUAAGUGGGAUCUCAACGAGUGGGAGUUCAGAGUCACACUUGAUGGCGCCAUCGUUUUUGUUGGCAUGCUUGCUGGUGUUGUGCACCAACGAGUCGAGCGCGAUUCAUCCUGGUACACCAACUACAAGUUCGUAGCAAUCCCGUCUCUGGUGGUUGUUUUGGGCUUUGGAUAUUUCUGCAACUCUCUUGACAACAAGGCCAUCUACGUCCUAUUGCACCCUGUCAUUUCCAUCUUCCCUGUUCUCGGAUUCAUCGGUCUUCGAAACGCAAUCACACCCUUCAGGAACCGCUACUCUACAGCUGCAGCAUGGCUAGGAAAGUGCUCUCUUGAGACCUUUAUCCUACAGUUCCACGUCUUCCUUGCUGGAGAUACAAGAGGUGUUCUCUUGUUGGAUGUCUUCAAGGGGGAUGGCAGUCUACUCAAUGACCGCUGGAGAGAUCUGGCGGCUAUCGUACCUGUCUUCCUUUGGAUCAGUCACUUAGUCGCCGAGGCUUCGGGCGAGAUCGUGAAACUCAUUAUGGGCGAGUCUAAGCCAAAGGUGACCUUCCAGGAUAUCGACGAUGAUGAUGAGAAUCAACUUAAGAUUGUUGAGCCUGUGUGGGAGAGCAUGCCCAUGCUUAACAAUGUGCACUUGGACCGUGCCAAAGACUUUUGCAAGUCCGUUACCUCGGGACUUCAUCUCCGCGUCGGUGCUAUUCUGGGAGUGAUGUGGCUACUCAACUGCUUGUAUUAA